GAGUGAGAGAGUAAAAGGGCUGGGAGUGAGAGAGUGCAGGGCUAGGAGUGAGAGACUGCAGGGCUAGGAGUGAGAGAGUGCAAGGGCUAGGAGUGAGAGAGUUCAAGGGCUGGGAGUGAGAGAGUUCACGGGCUGGGAGUGAGAGAGUGCAAGGGCUUGCCAGCUCCAGCAGAACCUUUUCUGCCCCUCUUUGCUGCCUCAUUUGGAACCAAUAUCACCUGCCUUCACUUUCAUUUUAUCUCCUCUCCAAAAUUAUUCUCUCAUCCUGCUUUAAUAAGCCAAGCUGUUACUUGUCAUCUCAUGGUUGGUUGGGCUCUCUGUCUUGUAUCUCUCAGCUUCUUUCCCAUAAAGCUCAAACCCUUCUGACUGUGCUUUUAUAUAAUACUGACCAGCUUGUCUCUCCCUCCCCUAAAUCCCACCCCACCAGCUCCAGCUCCGCUGCCCCCCUUUCAGCUGCCUCUGCUCUUCCAGGUAAUCCGUCUCCUGUCAUUCUCUGCCUCACUGCUCACACCAAAAGGAUGAAGAGCAACAGCAAGGUGUGGAUACUUAAAGCAGCCCUCAUGCUACUAUUUGGAAUACUGAUUGCAAGCUGUGAUGGUUCCAAACCAGUUAAGCGGCCUCCACCAAAACCCAGGAACUGCGCAGAUCGGCCAGAGGAACACUUGGAACUGGUGUAUGGGCGACUGGCUGCGGGUAUGCUCAGCGCUUACCAUCACACACUACAACUGCAGCCACUAGAUAAAGAGAAUAUCAGCUGUCCCGCUGGCACCCAAGGUGGAGGUGCAGUCGAUGGAAAGCAGCGUCUGCCAGUUAAUAUUCACAGCAUAUCUCCAUGGGCCUAUAGGAUUUCCUACAAUCCCACAAGAUACCCCAAGUACAUUCCAGAGGCAUACUGUCUGUGCAAGGGCUGCCUGACGGGACCCCUCGGAGAAGAGAACUUUCAUUUCCGCAGCUUGCCAGUCUACAUGCCCACUGUGAUCCUGCGCCGCACCUCAACCUGUGCCGGGGGCCGUUAUGUCUAUGAAGAGGAGUAUAUCACUAUCCCAGUGGGCUGCACGUGUGUCCCGGAGCAGGAGAAGGGCGCGGAGUCAGAAAGUGUCAACUCCAGUUUAGAGAAAGAAAAAUUUAAACUGCCUCUAAAUAAAAGUGAGAAGCCACUGGUUAACUGAACAGCUUGGCUACAACAGACCCAUCAUGCGGCCAGUGUACAAGUUGUUUAGUUUCCUCUUUAUUUAUGGCAAGAGGGGUCUAUGGAAAGGAAGGUUCUUCCAUCAGUCUGGCCAUGGCAGGAAUGUUUAUACAAAUGUGCCACAAAUAGAUUGCAAGCUCUCUCUGCCAAAAGGUAUUUAUGUGAAUCUCUGAAGGGCUGAGCUGAUUAGUAGUGGAUUACCCAUCACCAUAGUUAAGACAUCAAUGAUAUGUAGACACUGUGUUCAAUGUAUUUCAAAUCUGUAAGAUAAAUAGUAAACUCAUAUCAAUCUAAGUGUUUAUACACAGUAACAUAGGACGUUAGGUUGAAAAAAGACACACGUCCAUCAAGUUCAACCUUUUAACUCUAUUCUAUUUUAUACGUGCAGCGGCGUAACUAGAUAUUACUAGGCCCCAUAGCAAAUUAUUCUACAGCCCCCCGAAAACGACUGAACGUUUCACUAUUUUAGCAGUAUUUAUUGAAAUUGUAUAUGAAUUAGGGUCUCAUGGGGCCCCUAUAUCUGCUUGCUCUGUAGUUACCCCCCAGUAUACAUGGAAUAAGUUACAGUAUGUUCUUGGGCUUUAGUUCUUUCAGUACGUGGCGAUGUAAUUAUGCAGUGCUGCAGAGCACAUCUCAUUUCUAUAUGUACAAUAAAUAAGAUAUUUACA